AGUUGUGACGAAAGUGAUCGAAAAAAAAGCCAGAGAAUCAGAGACGCGUUUAGUCUCGGCGAAGGUAUCUUUGAGGUCAAAAGUGUUCACGAGAAGCGGACGAAUCGUGGUGCGAGUUGACAUGUGAUGCUCGGAUCCGUGUUGUGGUGAAGUGUUGGGAUCGCUUGCGAGAAGUGAACCCGUGCCAUGGGCGCGAACAUGGGCAAGGGGAAUUCGUUGUUGGACUCGUUGCCUUCGGGCGAAGGCACGUUGCACAUUGUGAUGCUCGGACUGGACUCGGCCGGCAAAACCACUGCCCUGUACCGACUCAAGUUUGAUCAGUACCUCAACACCGUGCCGACGAUUGGGUUCAAUUGCGAGAAAAUCCGAGGCACUACCGGGAAGGCAAAAGGCAUCAGUUUCUUGGUGUGGGACGUUGGCGGGCAGGAGAAGCUCCGACCACUUUGGAAGAGUUACACAAGAUGCACGGACGGGAUUGUGUUUGUGCUCGACAGCGUAGACUCCGAGCGCAUGGAGGAGGCGAAACUGGAGCUGGCGCGAACAGCCAAAUCUCCGGACAACGCCGGGGUUCCCAUCCUAGUCCUGGCCAACAAACAGGACCUGCCUGGGGCCAAGGACCCCCAGGAAAUUGAAAAGGCCCUGGGCCUACACGAACUGUCGCAGCAACAUUUUUACCACGUGCAACCCGCUUGCGCCAUCAUCGGCGACGGCCUCGACGAAGGCCUAGACGUGCUUUACGAGAUGAUACUCAAAAAGCGCAAACUCUGCAAGCAGACGAAAGGGAAAAAGCCGCGGUGAAUUUCCUCAACCAUUUCUUUUUUUUUGUUGUGUUUUAUUUUUUACCACAGUGAGAAGGGUAUCGCAAAAAAUAUAUAAGAUGUCGGGGCACACUUGAGAUGCUUCAAGAUUGUUCUAAGCGAAAAUCAAUUCUGUUGGUUUUUUUUUCUUUCUCUGUGGUCGGAAUGAAAGAAAAUGGGAGGAAAAGCACGAGCGCCAGUUUUUCGAGGCUGUGAAGAGUUUGUGUGGCGAAGAGUGUGUCGUACCGUUUUGCGAUGUGAGGGAUUUUUGUUUUGUUUUGUUUCCUAACUUGGUGUUCCUUGUUGCGAGUAAUCGAUCAUUUUUUAAUGCUUUGUUCCCGUAAGAUAAGUCGGAAAGCCUUUUUCUGAAGUUUUGUAAGUCCAAAAGUACUGUAUUAAUUGUGUCAUGCGAGCGGGGUUUUCUCCAAGACUAAUCAACGUAAGUCUCGUUUCAGUGAAUUUUAGUUGAAGAAUUUACCAAGGGAUGAAAUCAAGUUGCAUUUGAAAUGCAUCGAAGAAACUUGAUGAAUUUUAGAACUUCAUUAAACGAACUGUCUUAUAGAUACAGUAUUGCUAAAUAAUCGUUUCUGUUAGUGGAAAGAUACAUUUUACUGCUGAACGUUUCCUUCGAAUGAUUUUCGCUGGAGUUUUCGGAGUGAAUCUCGAGAUUUUGUUGGUUUAAAUAUUAAAUCUCGUUACCUGCAAUAUUCAGUGGAAUUAUGGUUAAUUUUAAUGAGAAGAUAUUUUGGUGGCAGGUUCACGUUGAGAAGAAAAUUCUAUUCUACGAAUCCCGGAAAUUCCAAGGUUUUCAGAAGGAAUUUCGUUGCAUUGUUCUCGUAGAAAAUCGAAAUUCCUGUGGGAUUUUCCUCGCAGCGUGUCUUCUGUUGUGAAAGUAAGUUUGAUUUCUUCUUCUGCUUAUCCGUGAUAUCUUUUUCUGCGUAUCAUCAGUUGGUUUUUCUUUGUCCAGAACCUGACAUACGGGAUUUUUACGUCUCGCUUAUAGAUAAGAAUUAGGUACAGAACAAAAGAUGAGGAAAAUGGAACGUAAUUUCCUGUCUUUCGAAGAUGCUUGUGGAACUUUCGAAGCAUCUGAGAUGGAGUUUAUGCGCGUCUGGCGAUUUACUGUCCUUCGAUCGACUUCCGAGAAUUUCUUCUUUUGUUUUAUUUAUCGAAGACUGUGAUCACAUUUGAGACGAAACUUCUUGGUUCGUUUUUUUUUAAUAUUUUUCCCUUGACAUCCAUCCCUCACGUCGCAAGUGUGGGUUGACAACCGACGUCACGAACUCUACGAUUUUUGUGUGUUUGCGCGCCCACGUGUUUGUGUAUGCCUGUUGGUGUUCUCCGCAUUUUUAAAAUUUUCCACUUGAAGAAUAUUCCGCAGAUUACAAAAUUUGAUGGGAAGCGAAUGAUUUCUGUCAUCCUGCCAUCUAGAAAAUUCAUGAAAAAAAGGUGGACUUCCGGGAUUUUGUAGUUGCGGGAUGAUUUUCUCGUGGGAAACCCCGUCGUCUUGUUCUAAAUAUUAUCUUCAUCUGUUUGUUUCUUGUGUUAUUUGGGGGGUGAGAUUUUUUCUUCUUUUUGUUUGAUCCCUUUUUCUGCUCCUGUGGAUCGCGAAAGUCAACCGAGAUCUAGUCACGGUUUUAUUGCUGUUAUUUUUGAUAUUUCCGACGUCCCGAAAGUCCCGACUUUCUCUAAUGACAGUGUCUGUGUCUCUUUUGAAUUCGAUCCGCGGCCCUGGAUGAGAUUUAUUGCGGGAUAUUAUGUGAUUAGUCCGUCUGAUCGGUGCGUGUGUGUUCCGAAUUCUUUCGAUUAUUUUUUCUUUUUUUUUUUAAAUCAGCUUUUAUGAUCGAGUUUUUUUCCCUCACCCGUGAGAAUUUUAUCGGAAUUUUUCCCUCUUUCGAAUCAGUCCCGAAAUCAACCGCAAGCCAUGGACUUCGACUAACCGAGUUUCGGAUAUCCAAGAAUUAUAUUUCAGACCGUUCAAGUGUACGGGGUUUAACGAUCAGUUUUAAGCCUUUAGACGCAUUCACAAUACCUAAAAAUAUCGAACAGCAUUUUUAGGGAUUCCCUAUAUUAGAAAUUUGGAAUUCUCGUUUCGGGAACUUAAAAAUUCCGAAGAAACAAAUAAGAAUAACUUGAAAGUAUUGUUUUACUCUAGGCUGUUCUCAUUUUGUUUGUAAGGAGAAGCAAUUGAAAUAAUUGAAUAUUGACCUAAAAAUUUUCUCGUGGAAAUACAUCAAGACUGCUUCGGAAAGAAAAGGUUUCGAAAUGAAAAUUCCCUCGAUUUCUCUUAACGUUCUCAAAUUUCCGAAAAAUGGCCGAGUGCAUCUUUCUUGAAAAUUUUCUGAAGAUGAAAUCUUUUUUGUUUGUUUCAUAGUUGAUCGAAAAAAAUGAAUGAAUUCCUAGUUCGUAAAUUAUUUUCCUCGCGAAAGAAAUGCUGAAAAGAAAUCUUUACGUUUUGGCAUCUGGUGUCAGAAUUCUCCUAUUCGAAAUAUAUCAGCAGUGUCUUAAGACAUGGUCAGAAGUUUUUAAAAAUCGCUCAAUUCUUGGGUUCACGAUUCUAAUGAAAACGAAUGUCAAGGAUAAAUAAAAAUCCCUUUUCAACUCUCAAUCAGAAUGCUUGGUGAGAAGGUAAUUUGUUCCACCCCGAGCACGUCUCCUUUUGAAACGCGUGGCCACCGCAGCUUUUGAGUUUGAGGAGGCCAGGUGUUGAAGGUCUUCAUGCCCCUUCCCUCCCCCCAACAAAAAAAAAAAACCCCUCUCGGGCUUUUUCUGAAUGAAUUCUGCAUCUGUCUUGGGCAAGGAAAGAACGGGUUUCACCUUCUCUAUUGUCAUUUAAAUAAAAGAAAAGGAAAAAAACUGAACCUGUGUCCCACGACCUUGUGUGUAACGCUACAGGCCGAAAACGGACAAGUUUUUGUGCAAAUUGCUGGAAAAUUAAGCGACGUGGUUAUUUUCUGCUGGAUUAGAAUGCGUCAGUCACUGUGCUAAGCUGAUUAAUCGCGUAAUUUUUUUUUAAUAUCAUGGGCUUUCCUGGUGAAGCUUCGAGUUGAUUUCGGAAAUGAUAACACUUACGCCGUGUGUUCGCUUCGUUUUUUUGUUUGUUUUGUGAAAAUCAGGGCCGCUGGUCGAAUUUUAUUUUCUAUUCGUUCUUUAAGACGAAAUAAUCAAAUAUUGAAGGGAGGGAAAAAAUUAAAGCUCAGCGACCUGAGUCAUCGACCAUUUCAGAUACGUAUAAUCCCCCCCCCCCUCGCAUUUUUGCUUGGUCUGGAGAAGGGGAAAAGCCGAAAUUAUGGCGACUGUGAUGUCACGGAAUGGAAAGAACCGACUGAGUCGAAGUUCCGGCUUCAUCACCAAGGCCAAAAAAAAAGAGCACGGAUUCUGUGGUUAUUUUUCUCCUCGGUCCUGCGAAUUCUCGCCGAAACCCCCAGGUUUUAUUUGUGCUCGAUACACUCUGAUGUGUGUUUUUCUUUCUUUUUUUUCUGCUCUCGAGUUUGUAUUUCCUUGUGCGAGACGUCGUGGAAAUUGAUAAAAAGGAAGUGAUAAAAAAUGGUGAAAAGGAAAAAAAAUA